UUUUUUUUAAUAAAGGGACAGAAUUUGAACAAUUCUUGGGACUUGUGAAGGGACUAUUUUUACAGCUCGUUUGGGCCAUUAUUUUGAAGUUGCAGGUGAAGGAAGCAUAGGUUGCACCCUCCACCACAUACAUAAGCUCAUCACGAGUAGAGAAGUAAAAAAAACGCUAUGGUGAGAGGAAACAACGUUUUGCCAAAUGUCCAUUUUCACAAGUGGUGGCAGCGCCAUGUCAAAACAUGGUUUAAUCAACCAGCUCGUAAAAAUCGUAGAAGAUUAGCCCGACAAGACAAAGUUGCAAAGAAUGGCACUCGACCUAUUGGAAAACUGAGACCAGCAGUACAUCCUCCAACACAACGGUAUAAUUUGAAAAUUCGUUACGGUCGAGGUUUCACUUUUGAUGAAUUAAAACAAGUUGGCAUCUCUCCAAAAGUUGCACAUACAAUCGGUAUAGCAGUGGAUCAUAGACGAAAGAAUAGAUGUGAAGAAAGUUUAAAGUGUAAUGCCGACAGACUCAAGGAUUACUUAAAUCGAUUAGUUGUUUUCCCUAAAAAAAAUGGAAGUGCUCGUAAAGGUGUUGCUGGAAUUCCGAAUGACACUUUACUUGAAAAUGUUAAAGAUGCCAUAGUAUCCAAGGGUGUUCGAAUUGAGGAUUUGAUGCCAUUACCAAAGCCUUUCUCAGCAGAAAUUCAAAUGCGUGCAAUAACCCCGAGUGAAAAGGAAGCGUCAGUGUAUCAAACACUAAAAAACCUACGUCGUCCACCAAAAAAAGAGGAAGAAAAAAAAAAGUAGUAAACAAAAAUUUUAUUUAAUGGUUUAAAUUAAAAUACACUAUAACAUUUUCGUUACGUUCCUCUUUACAAAAUUUUGUAACUGUUUAUUAAAAUUUUUAGCAACUGGUCAAUGGCUGACAAAGUCAAAUAAUAAUUUAA